UCAUCGUUGUAACACGAUAAAGAGACAUGGCGAUACCCUGAAACUUUAAUAUUCGUGGGACAAUAUUUUGCUUCUAAUCCCUGCUUUUGCUAUUUUUGGGAGUGUAUGCUGAGCAUGGUGAGUUGACGUAAUAUCACCAGAAUGCAGCAGAUCUGAUGAGUUGUUUUAAGUGAUUAACAGAGGCUACAGACUCCUUGUGAAUAUCAACGAACAUGGCAGACAAUGCUGCUUCAAGGAAGCGAAGAUCAGCAGAAGCUGCAUUAGAUGAUGAACUCCUACAGGAAGAAAGCCCAACUAAAAAGGUCAAAGACAUUGCAGAAGAUGAAGAGGAACUUGACGAAGAUGCACUGCUUGGGAAUAGUGAUGGAGAGGAGAACCUGGAUGACACAGGAUUUACAGAUGCCCAGAAUUACAAUCUGGAAGAAGAAGUUGGUCUCGAGGAGGAAGAGUAUGGAGAGGAAGCAGCAGGCUUGUUGGAGGAGCAGACUGGUGAAGAGUUUGGUGGAGAAUAUCAUGCAGAGGAGUAUGCAGAAGGAGACGAAGCCUUCGCGGGAGGAGACUACGUAGAAGGAGAAGGGGAGGAGUAUGCGGAAGGAGCCGAAGGGGAAGGAUAUGCAGGAGGGGAAGAGUAUGCGGAGGGAGGAGGAGAACAAUGGAAUGAAGGGGAAGGAGCAGAGGAGUGGCAAGAGGGAGAAGCAGCAGAAGAGACAUGGCAUGAAGAACAAGACGCACAGGAAGAACUUCAAGAAGAGGUUAAUGCUUCGGAGGGCCUCGAACUCUUCGAUGAUACUGGUGAUGUUCUCGACAUCGACAUCCCGGAUGAUAGCCUGGUCGAUGACCUCAACGUGACUGCUGAGAACCAGUCCUUUGCGUCGCAGGCUAGUGUAAAUGACCCCGUUUCUUCAACGCCCCUCACCACGCCAAAGAAUGAGAAGCCCAAGCCUGGUCCUCCAAGAGAGGAGGAGGAGACAUCGCUGGUGGAUGCAGACACCACAGGUCAGGAGGAGGAGGAUGAAGAAGACACUGAGCAGACGGAAAAGACCACACAGGACACCGAAGAGACCAGUGAGAGUGAGGAGGAGAAAGAAGAUGAGGAUGGGAGAGGUGGUAGGUUCAAGUCAGAGAGACAGACUGUUAUGGUGUCUCUCAAGAGCACAAGGACAAGAAACAUUCCAGAUACAUUAGAAAUAUCACAGGAGGUUCAACAGCAGAUUGACGAGUUUGAGAGGAAAUCCAAGGAGGAGAGACAGCAGAGGAGACAUGGAAGGAGAGGACGAGGAGGGAGGGGACGAGGAGAGAGGGGAAGAGGAAGAGGAGGUUUUCAAGGAAGAGGAGGUUUUCAAGGCCCUCCUGGUCCUAGGGGAUUCCCCCCACACAUGGGUCGCCCUCCUCACAUGCGACCCCCUCAUCCGAACUUCAUGGGUAGAGGUCCUUACAUGGGAGACCCUCGUAUGAGGCCUCCGUUUGGUCCUCGGCAAGGGCUCUUGGGUCCAAGGCCUAGCUGGGACGGCCGGCCACCCCAUGUCAUAGACAACAUGAUGAUGCAUCAACAGGCUCAAAUGCACCAGAUUCCGCCUGCUCCAGAGCCUCUGUUCCCGGAGGGACCACCGCACCAGCCACCCAGAGGACCGUCCCCUGUACCUCCACAACAACCACAAGUACAACCUCCACCACUGCAGCAACAAGUACAACCUCCACUACUGCAGCAACAAGUACAACCUCCACCACUGCAGCAACAACCAAUGCAACAGCCACCGCAGCAACAAAAAAACUUUCAGCAACCAGUGCCACUCUCCCAGCCUCCACCAUCAAGUCAAGCACAGACAGCAACUGUGAUGCCCAAGAAGAUCCACAUUAAUCCACACUUCAAGCCAAAAGUUCAGCCACCUACUUCUGGAGCGCCACCACAACAAGUUGCACCGCAUCAAGGGCCACCACAGCAACAGCAGCAACCUUAUCAGCAACAGCAGACAUCUCAGCCAUGGUCGAGCACCCCACCCCAACAGCAGCAUCCAGUGAGUAGUGGGCCCCCUCCAACAUCAUCAGCAGGGUGGGGUCACCAGCAACCCCAGCAAGGGACGUGGUCAAACCAGCCACAACAACAAGGAGGUCCGGUGUAUACAAGCUCCAACCAGCCCAGUAAUCAACCUCAUGGGCCUCCCCAACCUUAUGGGGGAGGGGCACCUAUACCCCACCAUCAGCAACAAGGGGGUCCUCCGGCGCACCCCCCUCAUCAUCAAGAACAACCGCCCCGUCAAGGAGGUCCUCCAGUUCAUCAGCAACAUGAGCAGUUUUCACAUCCUUGUCCAAACCAACCUCAGCAUCAUGGUCCUCCUCAACACCAGCCACCCAACCAGUACCAAGGGCCACCACCACCGGCCCAAUCCCAAGGACAGAGGUUCGAUUCCCCACCAAUGCAGCCCUACCAUCAGCAGCCGGGAGGUCAGUUUAACACCGCAGACCAGGGAAGGUUCAGGCAGCCAAGGCCUGUCAAUCAGCAACAGCAGAUGAGGGGUCCAAGACCUGUUCAACAGCAAGCGCAGAGAGGCAACCAAAACAUGGCACCGGUGAGACAAAAGUCACCUCAACAACAACGGCCGCCUCAGAAACCGGUACCCCCUCCUAGUCAACUGAUCCAGGCUGCCCAGGGAGCCAAAGCUAAAGCACCGACUACAGACCUCAGACAAGUCAUCUCAAGUAAAAAGGCCACAGGCACAUCUAAAGGACAGAUUGAUGAGGAAGCAGAGACUAAGAAAUUGAGGGUUAUGAUUGAUGAGCAGAAGAAGUUAAGGGAGGCCAUCAUGAAACGAAAGGAAGAGAGACGUCAGCAGCUGGCAGCACAGAAACAAGCUGAUCUCAAGAAAAGAAUAUCAGAACAAAAGAAGCAACAAGGAGGCACAUCCAACCAACCAUCAACAGCAAAGAAGAUCAAAUCUCCCAUGAAGCGUAGAGGGAGCGCUUCAGGCCCUCAGCAGGAGAGUCGACCACCAAAGAUGGUCUCCCCACCUAGUCAGACAACACCACAGUUUCACCAUCAACAACAGGAGCAACAUGUGGUAUACAACACCAACCAAAAUGCAAGUCAUGAUGAGGGGUCUCCUCCAUUCCAUCAUCACUCAGGCGGAGGAGGUUUCCAGCAGCAUCCGCAGCAGCCACCGGGUCAGCAGUGGAGAGAGCAGGGAAAUGUUAAGGUUAGUACACCUCAGGGCCCACCGCAGGGUCAACCCAUCCCCACUCUAGGAGGGGCCCAGACCACAAUGUCCUCCCCUCCAAACAGAGGUGGUGGUGCUGGUGGCCAGGCAUAUAGAGGAAGAGGUCAACAUCAAAUGAGAGGCCAAGUCAGAGGUCAAUUCAGGGGCAGAGGUCGCGGUCAGAUACGUGGACGAGGUAGGAGAGGGUCUCAAUCCGGUUCCAUGCCCCCGCCACAGCAGCAAGAGUUCCAGCAAGAUGAUUUCCAACAAGAUUUCGCACAGGAUUCCUUCCAGCAGCGAGGACCAUCCCCCAACCAACCACCGCCCCCAGGUCCCAACCAGGAAUACCAACAACACCCAGAGGCACCCCAUCCUGGAGGCCAACAGUUCCACCAAGAUGGCCCACCCCAGGAAAGGACAGUGCUCAUGCCACAGAACUUCCAUCAAGGGAAUGAUGGUGGUGGUAGACCAUACAGGGGUGGGCGGAGGGGUAGAGGGACCAUGCGAGGUGGCCAACGGGGUAGAGGGAUGAUGCAGGGGAGGGGUGCAAUGAGAGGGAAUGCCGGAAGAGGACAUGACCCCUCCGGUAGAGGUAUUAAUAGAGGAAGGGGCAACAUGCGAGGAGGACAAAGAGGCGGUAUGCCUGGACAGAGAGGCGGUAUGCCUGGACAGAGAGGAGGCAUGCAACAGGGACAAAGAGGGGGUUUUGUAAACCAAAGGGGUGGCUAUCAAGGACGAAUGGAUGGGAUGCAGGAACAGAUGGUGCCAGAUAACCCUGGGGGAAAUCGCGGUAUGAGAGGAGGAAGGGGCAACCUCCAGAGGGGGCGAGGAAGGGGAAGGGGUGGGGUGCAUGAUAGACUUACAUUACCACCCCAGCAGCAGCAACAACCACCACCACCACCACUACUGCAGCAGAAUGUACAGCAACAUCAUGAGGAGAUGCAGCCACAACCAGUACAAAGAAUGAUUAUCAGAGGGGGUGAGGCCCCUCCACCAGGUCCAGCCCCUGUCAAGCAGAGGACCGUCAUACCCCCAGGUGGUCAAGCCCAGCUCCCCUUCCCCAACCAGCUGUCAUCGGUGGCCAUCCAUGGACUGGCACCUUCUACGCAGAGGGAGAGAAUAGAGGGCCUGCUUCGCUCCAUCGGUCCCAUCAAGUAUCUGAAGGUAAACCUCCAGCAGAGAAAGGCUACAGCUGGAUAUCAUAACCCAGAACAUGCUCAUAUAUUCCAACAGAGAUUCCAUAGGCAUAUGAUUGACCUAGCCCACAUCAAUGUGUCUUUAGUAUGAACUCAAAAGGAAAGUGACACAACUCAUCCUGGAUCCAGAAAGAACCACAUAGAAUGGCAGAUGUCCAGCUGCAGACCUUUCACUCAUCUAAAGCCAUCAAGAGUGACCCAGGUUGAACUGUAAGCAGAAGCUGCAGCAAUGGCAUCGAGGAAGUCUGUAUUCUCUAUCAUCUAUUCUGCUCCUUGUAAAAUUGUCCUCUACAAGUUUAUAACCAUCCAAUCAGUGCAUUGUUUUGCAUAAUGGUGUAAAUUGAUAUAUCCUUGAUGUAACUGUUAAUUGUAUAUUUUGUGAUAGUUGCAUCAUCGUUUCAUAUCCUGCAAACACCAUAUGUGGGCACCAUGUUUUUAAUUGUGUGGUGAAUUGUAAGUGGUGUGAUGUGUAUGCCUUAGUAUUCUCUUCACAGAUUUGCCAUCAUUCUGGUGAGGAGUUCUGCUGUCCUGAAAGUAGCUCACAGGUUCUAGCAACAAUGUGGAAAAAUAAUCGGCUGAAUAGGAACACGAACUUUGACAACUUACAAGAAACAUGAAAUCGGCAAGGGUUAUGUUCAACCCUUCAUUCUUGGAUUCACUCAACAACAAGAAGAGACACCAAUCACUUAGCUACCGGGAUAAGAAAUAUCUGAAGUUUUUUUUUUUUUAGGUUGCUAUAAGAACACCCUUGUCAUGGUGGGUAUGAGUUUGGUGAUAUUCCUGCAUGUCAAUCCUUCAAGUUCUUGACAUGCUCAAUGCCGUGCCAUCAAGGCUAUCAGAAAGAUCACCCUCGGACAACACAUCCAGUGGAUCAACUUUUUAGGGCUGUGCAUGUAUUGACAUCACUUACUUCCCCUAAUACAACCAAGAUGAACUUGAGACACAGAUUUGCACUACUUGCAACAAAGGACUCAAAGCAAUUCCAGUGGAUAAAAGUUAUACUAGCACCCAGACAUUUUUAUUUACCUAUCACACAGAGGAUGAACAAAAAGGAAAUUUCUUCUAACCAAUUCCACAAGGAUAGUGGUCUUCGGAACUGUAUAUUACCUACUGCGUACAUGUACUAAAUACUUUGUGUGGUGUCCAUUUAUCUACAGUCUGCUGUACAUGUCAAAUUUUGCAUCUUCUGGAGUGAAUGUCAUCUCUUUGCAUUAUCGACUGUGCUUCAUAGCUUUACCCAGAAUCAUCAACGUUUUAUUGUAUGUCACAGAGCAACUGCCAUCUCAUAUGAGCUACCACAGAACCCAUCAAUCCCGCCAAAGGCUACAAGAUGUCACCUCUUUUCAUCAGCAACUGCUUCACUUAGUACUAGCAAUGUCUGCAAUCGCCAUCGUUUCCAUGUAUGUUAAGAGCUACUGUCAUCUUGAGAGCAGUAAUAGGACCUUAAAACCCUCCAAAGGCUAUAAGAAGUAAGCUCUUUUCUACAGCUACUGCUUCACUUCUUGGCCAUGUCUACAGUCAUCAUUUGCAUGUAUGUUUAGAGCUACUGCCAUCUUGUGUGCAGAUGUAGAACCUUCAAAGGCUACAGGAAAUCAACCGACACAUUUAGUUGUUUGCUGCAAAUGUGUAAACCUUUGCUGAUACUUGUAGCAUGACCAGUAAUCUUCAAGUUCUGUAUACCAAGUAGCCGGUAAUUAAUAUGAAAGACACCUUUUUUUUUUGUGUUGAGAUGAGGUGUCAAAGAGCAUUUACUCAAGACUGUAAUGGCUGUCUUACAAAGAAUAUGCUUACAUAACCAUCAACAUGGUGCUCGUCAUCAUCCCAAGAAUGUACGCAUAGUCCUUGAGAGCCUUGGAUGUUUACCGGUGGGUCUUGUUACUGUCCAUAUCUGAAUGGCUCCACCAUGCCUCUCACAUCAGUGUCACUGUGAACUUCUGCAGGUGUUGCCUGAUCACACUGCGCAUGCCAUAGUUAGUGUUUGUAAUGGAUGCUGCAGUAUGUGAUAGGUCCACAUCUUGCAUGAAAUUGUACCACAUGCACUGUAUGAUGAGAAGGUCAUGGAAAGGGGCACCUUUCACAUAUUUUCAAAUUCACCUGAAUAAUGCCUACCCCAAGAGAUGAGAUUCGUGUAACCCGAUGACAUAACACAGUUCCAGCUUUCUGUGCCAUGGAUAUCAUUGAACCAAGACAUGAAAUGAUUUGAAAGACAUUAAUAUGAACAUUGAUAUGAUAAAAAUGGAGGAUUAACUUCCAUUAAAAGUUUAAAUGGACUUUUCUGUUUUCUUAAAGGAUUGACUAAAAUAGGAAAAGUUGAUGGCAUAAUCAUACGUAAUUACAGAGUAGCAGUCAUUUUAUAUUCAUCGGUAUUAAUAUUCAACACCCAAGAUACUUUUGCUAUUCUGGGUAAUUCUUUUAUUUUACCAGUCUUUUCCUUGACCCAUAAAAACAAUUUGAAAUUUGAUGAAACUUCUCACCUUUCCAGAAAGAAAGUAGUUUUAAGUUUUUCAAAUUAACAUGAAGUAACAUUCAAACUUCAUUUAGUUGACGACGCUCUGUGAAAUUUACAAACCAUACAUUACUGGAAACUUUCGAAGCUAACCUGUCACAGUUAUAAAUCAAGAUUAGGGCUGCCUAUAAUAUGACUGUACUACCAAACUUCAAUGAAUCAAAAAGAUUGGGUAAAACAAUUUCUUAACCAUAUAAUGGGCUCAAAAUUCAGGAUAUAAUCCUUGUACUUUUUCUGAUGACAUGCAAUCAUUUAUAUUAGAGUUAACAGGAACAUUACCAAGAGGACGCUUAAUGUCCUCAAAUUUAAAAGUGAAAUUGUCACAAAAAUAAUCAAUUGAUGAAAAAGAUAUAUUUGUCAUUACAGACUUAUAAUAUUGGAAGUUUCAUAAUAUUCCAAAAUAAUUCAUAUUAUUGAUACUUUACCAAAUCUUUAGAUGACCUGUUACAUUACAUGUUGUAUUUGCAGGAGGGAGAUUUACUUGGCAUUAUUAGUCUUAUGAAAAAGUUGCAACACUUCCAUUAGCAGUGACAAAUAUAUAAUAAUGAUAAAAAUAAUAAUAAUAUUUACGAUUAUAUUGGUUGUGAAGUGCAUAUUUGGUAUGGGUUUUUUUUUUUGCUACAAGAGAAAGAAAUUUAUUUGUAGGAAUAUGAAACAUGCUUUCUUAAAUUAACGAGGUCCCAUUCUGUUUUUGGUUGUAUGAUAAGUAGUCUCCAGCAAAAUUUGGAAACAGGAACAUAUUUUUUCUAAGAUAGUGACAAGCAAUCCAAUUAGAUAUAUCCACUCACAUAUGCCAUAUUUUGGUCUUACAAAUAUUCCUUUUUACAUUUUAGACAAUGCAAGACAAGGCACUUGCUAAACUUUGUUAGUUUUGUAACGUUUUGUCUAGGUUAAAAUACUAUGAUUAUGAAUUGAAUCUGAAAGGACUGCAUCACUAAACUGACACAAUAAAAAACUAUCAAUCACUUAAACAAAAUGUAAUUCAAUUCUUGAUGUCUUGCCCACCAGCCAAUCCCACCCCCCCCCCCCUCCAAACCUUAUACCCAAAAUGCGAAUACUUUGAUUCAGUUUUAAAAAAAGACAGUAUUUUUAUUGCAAUAGUGAUAAGGAAAAGACUGGCAAAAUAAAUGAUGUUAGUUGCAUAUUCUAUACAAGGAGAUGUGCCCAUUAUGCGCCAUCAUAAUUGAUUACAGCUCCCUACGAAAUUAAGUCGAGUAAUGUAGAUCACAUGAAUUUUAGAUAAUGAUAAUGAUAUUCGUAGGCAUUUAUAUGAUGGCAUUUAUUUAGACAUGAUCUAUUCCAAGUCAGAACGCACGUCAAUCCUGUCUCAAACUUGAGCUACCACUUCCACUUUAUAAUUUUACAUAAUGUAAUUGUAUGUUAACAUUGUAGCAAAUUGUGAUUUAAUAGAUGAACUGUAUAAUUGUCAAUGAAGUCAACUUUUGUCAUACCAUUGCCAAAUUUGCAAUUAGGGUUUCAGAUGUACCGUUAAAAAAUCUUAUCCUAGUUUUCUGCAAUACAUCUUGAACGAAGAUCAGUUUUAGUUAGAUUUUUUUCCCCUAUCUUUUUUUUAGUAAUAUUGAAUUGGAGUUGAGAAUAAUAGGAUCAAAUAGCUUCAUACUUUCGAUUAAGGCCUUCUUCUUUCAUGAAACAAAUUACAAUUCAUCAGUACCUUAUACAGUACCAGAAAUAAUUCAAGAAAACAUUCAUCCUUAAAAUAAUUUGAAUUCUAAAUAUAUUUGUUACUACGUAUAUAUGGGAUGCUAUAUUUUCAUUACAAGACUAGGAAAUGAGAAAGUAUGUACACUUUGAAGUACAUAUUAUAUUCAAGUUCACUUUUAAAUAUUGCCCAAUAGUUUGUUUGUAGGAUAUUAAGGACAAAAUCUGACCUCACUUGUCCAGACUACCUUAUUAACCGGCCUUGUAUCCUAAUCAUCUUACCUCUUACAUUAUUUAUUCAAUUCACUCAAAAGGCUUUCUAAAAAGUCUUAUUUUAGAAGAAUGAUCAGUGUGGAGGAAAAAUAAAUUUUUACCAUGAAUUCACAGUAGGUAUUUGGCCAUAACAUAAAAUGUGUUCUCUCUAUUUUGAGUGUUCAAACAAUUUUUAAACUAAUCCUAUUCUCUAACAUUGGAAGACAGUCCACUGUGCUGUGCACUUAACUCAGUGUGUACGCAAUACGCAAAAUAUUACCAAUAAUGAUACUUGAUAUUGGAAACUCCUGUUGGCCUAAAUUCCAUGCAAACAGAAGAAAAAUUGAAUAGUUUGAUACAAAUGAUCUGUAAUUGUACAGAAUCAUAGAAAUAUGACUAGAAGUAGCAGCUGCUAAAUUUUACAGAAGAGACUGAUUAAAUCUAUAGGAAGUAAACAUUCAAAUUUGGGAUUUGAAUAGCUAAAAAAAAUGGUGAAAAGGGCUGAAUGAACCAAAACGAUGGAUGGUAGUCCCAAUACAACUGGAGUGGAGAAGCGAGGUCAGAAAACCCUGAGGUCCUUUUUCUCAUCUCUGCCCUAGUAAUAUUUGUAGAUUGAAUUUAGUUCUAGAAAUGCAACUCUCAUAAUUGUUUGUUGGUUGAAUAAUUCAAGAUUAAGAGAUCAUGGUUUGAAUGGGGUAACUUUUUAUGUCCAAAAUGAUUUGUCAACCUGUUGAUUACUGAAUUCAUUCCCGUACGGUUUGUGCAGACCAUUCAGUUCCAGUAGGCAUUUACAGGAUCUCAAAAUCUCUCUAUUUGUAACCAGGGAAUUGUUAAAAUACUCUCUUCUAUUUGUAUCUCUUUUCCCUCUGCUUUCUAUCCUUCAAUUUAUAUCUCUUUAUCUGAAGCAAAUUUCCCUUUCUGUUUCGGGAUAGGGUGUGAGAACCGAGAAACACGAUUAAUAUGAUGUGUUGAUAAUUGAUUGGUCUUAAUUUGACCAAGUAGAAGCAUGAUUUUGAAGAAUUUCCCCAAACUACUUUAUCAUUGAAAACAAACAAGUUUUUGUGGAGGGAACUAUUCCAUGCAAACAACAUUUUUAUGCGAUGUAAUUUCUGGUAAAGAGUGCUUGGGUAUGGUGAAUAUUAGAUUCAACAAAAUAUGAGAUAAAUUAAUGGACACCUGAAUUCUGUUUCAUAUUAAUUUUGUUACAAUUAUGUUAAAUGACUUUUAAUCAGGGAAAAAUUAUUUAAACAGGUGCUCAGGGUGAUUUUGCCUCCGAAAUGCUUGAAAAAGUUCGGGAAAAUCUGUAUUCUCUGCAAUGUUAAAGUUUAUACAAUGUUGCAGAUUUAGGCAGUAGGUUGUAAAAAUUAGCCCCUGAAAAUAAAACAAAUAAUGUUUUGCCUGCUUUUUAUAUUAAAUGUCAAAUCAUGAUCUCUUCUUGGUCCAAACGAAAGUCGGUAUUCAUUUUCUCAAUGAAGUUAAGAUGGUAGUAUUAGAUUAUUUUGAGAUUUUAUAUCAUUGUUCUUGAUGUCAGUGGCACUUGAAUAUCUAGCUUCAACAUAUACAUAUGUAUAUAAUUCCUUUAAAGCUUUAAUAUUCAAUUAAUUGUAAUUCAGGUAAUUGCAAUUAUAUCGGUAUAUAUAUCCUCAUAGAUGUGCACAAAUAAGUGUUUUGAAUCUUUGGAUUACAUACCAAAUAUUUUUGUCAAUCUUGAUUGCAAAUAAUGUGUUUUAAAAAAUCUCAGAUAUUUUUUAAUUGUUUUAGCAGUUGAAUGGUGUAAAGCUGACUUGCAAAUAAAACUGUAUGUCGAUUUUGAAAUCGUUAGUAUAUGUAUUUUAAUGAGUAAAUUACAUGGAAGGACUUGAGAAAAAUUUAAGACUGUAAAUAGCCUCUUCUGAACAAAAAUUGACAUGUUUUGAAAACUUUUGGGACGAUAUUAGGUAUUUUUUGUGAAAAUUUAAAAACAAAUCAUGAUGUACCUUUAAGUUUGUUUAACACUGGCAUUUUUUUUGUUUAACGAAGAUGAAUUUUUUGUUAUUGCACUAUUAAAAUGUUCACAUGCUUGUGAAAUCAAAACCAGAA